CUGUGAGCCUGGGAUUGUAUUUGGAGGCUGGAACAAACUUGCGUAAUUCAUUGAGCAAUCUUUUUUUGCCUGUGAAAUCCACAGCUCUCUUCUGUCUGUGUGUGCGUUUGUGUGUAAUAGUGUUUCAGUCUCCAGUUUCUACUUCAGUUCGGCGGUUCAGGGUAAUGAAGACAAAAUGCAUGUAAUAAACCAAAUCUGUGUGCUACUUUUGUGGCUGCAUACGCUGACCUUCGCGCAGAUUCCAGACUGUACACUUCAACAGUUUUUAAACGGACCCAUGUUUGAUUCAAAUUUUGACACAACUGGGCUUCAGACCAGCUACCCUGCUGGAAAACAAAUUAGAGUGGGCUGCAGUGUUGGCUACAGUGGCUUUUUCAAACUGACCUGUGUCGAGGGCAAAUGGGUGUCUAAAGGCACUGUAUGUCAACCCAAAUCAUGCGGUCAUCCCGGUGAUGCCCAGUUUGCAGAUUUUAAUCUGGAAAUUGGAGACGAUUUUGUCUUUGGGUCAAAAGUUGUAUACACCUGCCACAAAGGUUAUCAAAUGGUCAGUCGCACAAACUACCGGCAUUGCAUGAAUGAAGGCUGGGAUGGCGUGGUUCCUGUCUGUGAAGCCCAACAGUGCACAGUGCUUCAUGUGGACCGUAAUGUCCAGGUGAAUGGGGACCCAGAGGAAGCGACCUAUGGCAAUGUAGUUCGGUUCAGCUGCAAGUCCAACAGUCACGUCCUGUCAGAUCCUGAGUCAGCAGAGUUGUAUUGUGAUGAAAAUGGAGAAUGGAGUGGCCAAGCUCCAAAAUGCAUAGAGAUUAAAUGUACAGUACCUCCGAUUGAAAAUGGUCAUGUGCCUGAUCGCUAUAUCCAAGAGUACAAAGAACAUGAUGUCCUGCACUUUAUGUGUAAUUAUCUACAUAAACCAACUGAAGACAGACCCUCAAAAUGCACAAAAGUAGGAAUAAAAGCAGAGUGGACCCCCACACCUGCGUGUGAACCAAUAAAAUGUAAACUGCCACUGCCGCCACUCGAGGGAUCCAGGUAUGAAUCUGUUUCCAGAAAUCGGUUUUUACCUGGUGAGACACUGAGAGUCAUUUGUGGAGAGAAGUACGGGAUUUCUAACAAUCAGGAAGUAGUAACUAUGUGCAAAGAGGACGGAGAGUGGACUAUCAGACCAGUAUGCACAGAGGUCGUGUGCAGCAAUGAAAGACCGCAACAUGUGUAUUCCUGGGAUGUCAGUUACUGGAGAAAUCAACCAAAAAUGGGUGAGACUAAAAGAUAUAGCUGUGAGACAGGCUACAAGAGAAAAGAUGGUGCUACCCAGGCCACAUGCACCAGAAAUGGAUGGACACCAAAUCCACUCUGUGAAGAAAUAACGUGCGACAGAAAGGAUAUCCCGAACACAGAUGUUAUCAGAGGAUACAAGCAGACAUACCGCUACAAUGAACAGGUCGGUUAUGUCUGCAGGGAUGGUUAUCGAGGACAAUUCACUCUAACCUGUAAAGAAAAUGGUUGGAAUGGGUAUCCAAGGUGUACAGAAAUAACAUGCGACAGAAAGAAUUUUCGAGAGGCAGAUAUUGUUCUCAAUAACAAGCAGACAUACCGCUACAAUGAACAGGUCGGUUAUCGCUGCAAGGAUGGUUAUCAAGGACAAUUCACUCUAACCUGUAGAGGAGAUGGUUGGAUCGGGAGGCCAACAUGUACAGAAAUAACAUGUGACAGAAAGGAUAUUCGAGAGGCAGAUAUUGUUCUCAAUAACAAGCAGACAUACAGCUACAAUGAACAGGUCGGUUAUCGCUGCAAGGAUGGUAAUCAAGGACAAUUCACUCUAACCUGUAAAGAAAAUGGUUGGAAUGGGUAUCCAAGGUGUACAGAAAUAACAUGCGACAGAAAGGAUUUUCGAGAGGCAGAUAUUGUUCUCAAUAACAAGCAGACAUACCGCUACAAUGAACAGGUCGGUUAUCGCUGCAAGGAUGGUAAUCAAGAAGAAUUCACUCUAACCUGUAGAGGAGGAGAUGGUUGGAUCGGGAGGUCAACGUGUACAGAUGCAUGUCCAAAGCCUGAAGUUCCAAAUGGAUUUGCAGUUGGCCCAUACAACAACACAAUAUACUACACCUGCAAGAAAGGUUUUAAACUUUUCUCCAACAAAGGCUGGUGGGCUGAGGCCAAAUGUAAUGACGAUCAACUUCAACAAUGCAUCGAGAACACAAAGUGUGGAGAAACUCCUGUGAUUCCAAAUGGGAAACUGGAACCUCCACAAAGGCAAAACCUAAGGCAAAUCCAAGCUAGGAUUAUUUGUAACAAAGGAUACAGUACUCAGGUUGACUACUUACCUUGUCGCGGGGGGAAAUGGAUUCCAGAUGGACUAUCACUCAAAGAUAUUUGUACACCAACUGCCAAGCACUGCAAACCUCCACCUAAAGUUGAGAAUGCAGUUGUUCAGACAGCUUAUCAGAAGGAAUACUUGUCUAACUCUCCAGUGACUUAUCAGUGCCGUGAUGGCUAUGAUAUGGAGGGAGAAGACACGAUUCUGUGUGAUAAUGGGAAAUGGGAGGAGAAGAACGUAACAUGCACACAGAGACCAUGUGAAAGACUUCAUAUUGAGGAUGCAGUUAUAACCGGGGAGGAAAAGGAAAGUUACAGCCAAAAUGAAGAAGUCCAAUAUAAAUGCAACAACCAUGAUGAACGGUUUACUGUUACCUGUGAGCAAAGUGGUUGGACUGGGAUUAAGAGCUGUACAGAAAUAACAUGCGACAGAAAGAAUUUGCAAGAGGCAGACAUUGUUCUCAAUAACAAGCAGACAUACAGCUACAAUGAACAGGUCGGUUAUCGCUGCAAGGAUGGUUAUCAAGGAGAAUUCACUCUAACCUGUGGAGGAGAUGGUUGGAUUGGGAGGUCAACGUGUACAGAGGUCGUGUGCAGCAAUGAAAGACCGCAACAUGUGUAUUCCUGGGAUGUCAGUUACUGGAGAAAUCAACCAAAAAUGGGUGAGACUAAAAGAUAUAGGUGUGAGACAGGCUACAUGAGAAAAGAUGGUGCUACCCAGGCCACAUGCACCAGAAAUGGAUGGACACCAAAUCCACUCUGUCAAGAGAUUAAAUGUACAGUACCUCCGAUUGAAAAUGGUCAUGUGCCUGAUCGCUAUAUCCAAGAGUACAAAGAACAUGAUGUCCUGCACUUUAUGUGUAAUUAUCUACAUAGACCAACUGAAGACAGACCCUCAAAAUGCACAAAAGUAGGAAUAAGAGCCGAGUGGACCCCCACACCUGCGUGUGAACCAAUACCAUGUAAACUGCCACUGCCGCCACUCGAGGGAACCAGGUAUGAAUCUGUUUCCAGAAAUCGGUUUUUACCUGGUGAGACACUGAGAGUCAUUUGUGGAGAGAAGUACGGGAUUUCUAACAAUCAGGAAGUAGUAACUAUGUGCAAAGAGGAUGGAGAGUGGACUAUCAGACCAGUAUGCACAGAGGUCGUGUGCAGCAAUGAAAGACCGCAACAUGUGUAUUCCUGGGAUGUCAGUUACUGGAGAAAUCAACCAAAAAUGGGUGAGACUAAAAGAUAUAGCUGUGAGACAGGCUACAUGAGCAAAGAUGGUGCUACCCAGGCCACAUGCACCAGAAAUGGAUGGACACCAAAUCCACUCUGUCAAGAAAUAACAUGUGACAGAAAGGAUUUUCGAGAGGCAGAUAUUGUUCUCAAUAACAAGCCGAGAUACCGCUACAAUGAACAGGUCAGUUAUCGCUGCAAGGAUGGUUAUCAAGGAGAAUUCACUCUAACCUGUAGAGGAGAUGGUUGGAUUGGGAGGUCAACGUGUACAGAAAUAACAUGUGACAGAAAGGAUUUUCAAGAGGCAGAUAUUGUUCUCAAUAACAAGCCGAGAUACCGCGACAAUGAACAGGUCAGUUAUCGCUGCAAGGAUGAUAAUCAAGAAGAAUUCACUCUAACCUGUGGAGGAGAUGGUUGGAUCGGGAGGCCAACGUGUACAGAGGUCGUAUGCAGCAAUGAAAGACCGCAACAUGUGUAUUCCUGGGAUGUCAGUUACUGGAGAAAUCAACCAAAAAUGGGUGAGACUAAAAGAUAUAGGUGUGAGAGAGGCUACAUGAGCAAAGAUGGUGCUACCCAGGCCACAUGCACCAGAAAUGGAUGGACACCAAAUCCACUCUGUCAAGAGAUUAAAUGUACAGUACCUCCGAUUGAAAAUGGUCAUGUGCCUGAUCGCUACAGAGAGUACGAGUACAGAGAACAUGAUGUCCUGCACUUUAUGUGUAAUCAUCUACAUAAACCAACUGAAGACAGACCCUCAAAAUGCACAAAAGUAGGAAUAAGAGCCGAGUGGACCCCCACACCUGCGUGUGAACCAAUAAAAUGUAAACUGCCACUGCCGCCACUCGAGGGAACCAGGUAUGAAUCUGUUUCCAGAAAUCGGUUUUUACCUGGUGAGACACUGAGAGUCAUUUGUGGAGAGAAGUACGGGAUUUCUAACAAUCAGGAAGUAGUAACUAUGUGCAAAGAGGACGGAGAGUGGACUAUCAGACCAGUAUGCACAGAGGUCGUAUGCAGCAAUGAAAGACCGCAACAUGUGUAUUCCUGGGAUGUCAGUUACUGGAGAAAUCAACCAAAAAUGGGUGAGACUAAAAGAUAUAGGUGUGAGACAGGCUACAUGAGCAAAGAUGGUGCUACCCAGGCCACAUGCACCAGAAAUGGAUGGACACCAAAUCCACUCUGUCAAGAGCUUGUAGGCUGUGGGAGUCCACCACCUCUCACAGAUGGAGACAUCAAGUACACCGUGAAAAGUAAUUACAGCCAUCAAGAAAGGGUUGAAUUCAUGUGUCAAAAUUACUACACCAUGGAGGGUGGGCCUCACAGAACCUGCAUCAAUGGUGAAUGGAUUGGACAGAUCAAAUGCCUCAAACCCUGUACUGUGGAUAGAGAGCUCAUGAACAGAUAUAAUAUUGCCUUCAAAUAUCAUCAUGACGAUAAGCUGUAUUCACCCCAUGAUGAUACUAUCGAGUUCACUUGUACUAAAGGAAGACAUACCGGCACAUUGUCCAUGCGUCCGAAGUGUAUUGAUGGUGUGAUGAACCUGCCCACUUGCCAGUAAAGGUUUUUAGUUAACUGGAUGUGAUAAACAUGAUCUGACUGGACAAACAUGUAAAUGAUUAACAAGAAGUACAGUUGUUAACUGAUCUUCUGGGCCUACUGCAACAGUUUAAAUAAAACAUACAUGUUCUCAUGUUUUUUUCUUCA